AUGGCUGAGGAAAUAGCAAGAUUCUUCACGUCGCUCAAGCAAUGGUUCUUCAGUAAUAUCUUCGCUAUGUUUUCCCACCUCUGUAUUCUGACGCGCUUCAUCUCCUCAGUAUAUGAGGUGAUGAGAGAGACGGAAGUUGAGUUUGACGAUGAUCAAUCCUUCAUACAAGCUCAUCCACGUGACGUCAUCCACAUUCUGGAUGAUAGUGACAACGAUGAUGAUAGUGACGACAAUGAUGAUAGUGACGACUAUGAUGAUAGUGACGACUAUGAUGAUAGUGACGACUAUGAGGAUCGUGGCAACUGUGAGAAUCGUAAAAUGGAUGAGGAUGGUGAGGAUGCUGACGACGAACAGGAUUAUGACGACAAUGAGGAUGGUGACGACAAUGAUGAUAGUGACGACUAUGAUGAUAGUGACGACUAUGAAGAUGGUGACAACUAUGAAAUUCGUGACAUCGAAGAGGAUAGUGACGACUAUGAGGCUCGCGGUAUCGAUGAGAAUGAUGACGACUACGAUGAAAUUUUCAACAAUGACAUUAGCCGUGACGAAGGAUAUGAAACUGGCAGCGAUAUGUACGUUGAGGUUGACAGUGACGAUGACAGUGACUUGCCCAGCGUCGAGGAGGUUAGGUAUGCUUGGAUAUCGCUGUUUGCGGCAAAAGGAUGUGAAUAUGUUAGAAGACGACCUUUAGGUCAGUUAUACCGCCAAUAA